AUGGGACGCCGACCGGCGAAGUGCUACCGAUACAACAAGAACAAGCCGUACCCGAAGACCCGGUAUUGCCGUGGUGUACCUGAUCCGAAGAUCCGAAUUUUCGAUGUCGGAAAGAAGAAGAUGCCAUGUGAUGAGUACCCUACCACGGCCCAUUUGGUUUGCGAUGAAGAUCAGCAGCUGACCAGUGAGGCGCUGGAGGCUGCGCGCAUUGCAGUGAACAAAUACAUGAUCACUAAUGCGGGCAGAGACUUCUUUCACAUCCGCAUACGACCUCACCCCUUCAAUGUCCUGCGCAUCAACAAGACUUUGUCCUGUGCUGGUGCGGAUCGCUUGUCAAGCGGGAUGCGCGGGGCUUUCGGCAAGCCGUACGGCACGGCUGCCAGAGUGGAUAUCGGCCAGGUCCUGAUCUCCGUGCGCACCAAGGAUGAGAAGAUCAACAUUGCGGUCGAAGCUUUGCGCCGUGCCAAAUUCAAGUUUGCCGGUCGCCAGAAAGUGCACAUCUCCAACAAGUUCGGCUUCACUCGCUUCACCAAGAAGGAGUACCACAGCUGGAAGGCGCAGGGUCGCCUCAUCCCAGAUGGAACGAAUGUGCGCUGGUUGUCCAGCCGUGGUCCGCUGUGGCGACUGAUUGGCCGCGAGAACGCCUGA